UAUUGAAUGCGUUACAUCAGUAAAAUACAGUUUUGAUCGUUGUUGUAAUUUCAACACCCGAAUGAAAAAGAAAUACAGCAGCCACAUAAUCCAUUAUUCAGUGUGAAAUUAGUCGUUAAAAAAAUGAAAAACUUCUAUUGUCUUUCUUCGACUUCACAUAAUUAAACCCUUGCACGAAACCCCCACUGAUAACCUCGAACGGAAAAUUCUGGUGAAAUAGCCAUAAAAAGAUACUCAACAUAAUGAAUAUGGAGAUUAUUUUGGCUGAUCUUGGUGAAAAGGUUCCGUACCUUCAGUGUCUACUCCGACCGGAGUAUGCCCCAUAUUUUAGUACAGCGGGUACAGUGCUCCUUGGCUGGAUAGUCGUCUGUUGGUUUGUGAACCUCAUUUGGACUUUCUUGACUCCCGUGACCAUCAGCCUCCUCGGAGUGAUCAUCAUUUGUCCGAGUACAGCUAAGUGGAUGUUGAAACAAUUGAGUCCGAUCCUCGAAAGUGCACUCAAGGAAUUCUUCACGAGGAUGCAAUCAUCGUUCUCUGAAGGAUGAUAAAGCACUACAUCUCACGUCCAUGUGUCACUCAAGGGAAAAUUUAUAUGUCAUUCGAUUUCAAUCAAAGUCGUCUGUGACCCAUUUCCAAUAAAAUACCCUCCUAUAGAACAAUAUAUCCUUGGACUUUCCGCCCUUGAUUGAUACACACUAUACUACUGGACGAAUGUAACGUUAUAAUCACAUGAGUCAAAGAACACUUUAAUGCAGUGAAGUAUGAAGGCGGAUCGAUACCCAUUUAUUCACUAUGUAGACACUCGAACUCAGGGACAAAUUCGAUUACACUCCAACCAAGAAAAACAGAAAUUUUACUCUCGUGGAACUUAUUGGAAACGCCCAACGCAGCAAGACGUCAACACACAAGCCAAAGAGAACGUAAAAGAGAGAAAGACCGGGAAAAGGAUACGACCCUGACCUGCACCAAGGAUACGUGAGAUACCUGACUAGAAUGAAGAAGCGAUGGUCCUUCGAGUUUAAUUUCUCAUUCCCACCCGUAAACUGCGACUCUUGUUCAGAUACUAUACUACAGAAAUGGAGAGCAUUAACGGACCACUACGGCGCACACUACGGAAAUCGUCUGUACGUGACACUAACAGUUUGAUGGUUACCAGAAACUUGUGAAAUUGUCAAGUUUCCACAUAAGCGCAUUGAGUAUGGGUCCGGGCAGUAACAUUGACUGAAGGUUAUUCACUAGAUUUUGAUCUGUACGUGAAUUGUGCACAAUAACUUCUUAUCAUUGUGAUCAUGUUGCCCUUUGCUGUAUUAUUUCUGAAAAGCCAUUAAAUCCACCCCCAAAUUUGGAAUUGCACAGCCUUUGGGUAGAAAUUAUUUCAAUGCUGAUCAUUUCCAGAAAUUACUACGAGCAAACAGUUGCUAUUGGUAGUUAGUCAAUCCUAAGGACACCGCAUCUACUAGGAAAAGAGGAUAUUAUCAUUGUGCCCAAUAGAACUCAAUGACAUCAAACAUUGACGGUUGAUGUCUGACAAUUUGUUUUCGU